CCUAAUUUUCUUUUGUUCACCCUAGACCAUGACAAGAAAGAAGGUGAAACUAGCUUUCAUUGCCAAUGACUCGGCUCGAAAGGCGACCUAUAAAAAGCGAAAACGAGGUUUACUUAAGAAGAUGGAUGAACUAACAACCUUAUGUGAUGUUAAGGCUUGUGCUAUCAUGUAUAGUCCAUAUGAGGUGCGUCCAGUGGUGUGGCCCGGACCAUCUGGUGCUCGAGAGGUGAUCUCGAGCUUUAAGAGAUUACCGGAGAUGGAGAAGGUGAAGAAGAUGGUUAGCCAAGAAGAAUUUCUAAGGCAAAGAAUUACUAAAGCACACGAGCAAUUAAAAAGACAACAAAAGGAAAAUAGAGAAAAAGAAAUGACUGAAAUUAUGUACCAAUGUUUAAGUGGUAAGAGUCUACAAAAUUUAAGUAUGUUAGACUUAAGUGAUCUUAGUUGGGUGAUUAAUCAACAUUUGGGUGAGAUUAAGAAGAGAAUUGAGUCUUUGAAAAAAGAAAACCCUAACCCUAAUCCAAACCCAAACCCUAACCCUAACCCUAACCCUAAUAACCAUAAUCCUAAUGAGAAUAAUAAUCAUAAUAAUAAUAUUAUUAGUAGUAAUUAUGUUGGUAAUAAUGAUCAAGGGGGUUAUGAUCUUACACAUGCACAAAUGAUGGCACAACCAUGGCCAUCGUUCAUGGAUAUGUUGAAUUCAACCAUCAAUCAUGAUCCUCAUCAAUUACAUCCUCAUCAUGGGAUGGGGAUGAGUGGUGGAAAUGGUGGAGCUAGUAGUAGUAAUAAUAGUAAUAUGAAUAUGAUGAUGAUGAUGGGUCAAUUUGGGGAUUAUCAUGGGCAUGGUGUUAAUCCAUCUUUAUGGUCAAAUAAUUAUUACCCUUGAUUGUAAUGGAGAUGAUAAUCAAGUCUUAAUUGUCUUA